UAGAUAUGGAGUAUUGUUUUCUAAGAAGCAAACUAAGGCGGAGACAUUCAAAAGAAAAUGUUUAAUGCGGAGGGAGGUAUAUUUGAAGCCGUACGUCAACUUUGAGAGCUAUGUUUCACCUACUAACUUGACCGAUUGAUCCAUCCAAAUUAUGAGCCUUAUUUAUCUGAAUUUGCAUACAGAUUCCAACAAAGAGAUCUUUUUCCCAUUGUAGGUUUCUGCUGAACUCUUUCAGCAAAUAUGGCGCAGCAGUCACUUCUCCUCCAUGCCACAAAAUUAGACUUGAAAGGUAACUGUGGAUGGUUUAAACAUUUCGAUGAACCAAAGAGAAAGGCGAACCAUUUGAAACCACAAUCAAGAUGCAGGACAAAGGCCAGUUCAAUUCAAAUCCCUAGUGAAUGGUACAAUAUAAUUGCUGACCUUCCAGUAAAGCCCCCUCCUCCUUUGCACCCAAAGACCUUUGAACCAGUCACACCAGAGGAUUUGUCUCACCUCUUUGCUGAUGAACUCAUCAUUCAUGAGACUAGCAAUGAUCCUUUUAUUCCUAUACCCCAAGAGGUUAUAGAUGUUUAUAGUCUUUGGCGCCCCACGCCCCUCAUAAGAGCAAAGAGGUUGGAGAAACUGCUUGAUACACCAGCAAGGAUAUACUACAAGUAUGAAGGGGGUAGCCCGGCCGGUUCACACAAACCGAAUAGUGCAGUUCCUCAAGUUUGGUACAAUUUACAACAAGGUGUAAAAAAUAUAGUUACGGAGACUGGUGCUGGCCAAUGGGGGAGUGCACUCGCAUUUGCUUGCAGCUUAUUUAAUCUAAACUGCGAAGUAUGGCAAGUACGUGCUUCGUUCGAUCAAAAGCCAUAUCGACGGUUGAUGAUGCAAACAUAUGGCGCCAAAGUCUACCCAUCUCCUUCUAGUGUGACCGAAGCGGGUCGGGCCAUUCUCAAAAGGGACCCAUCAACUCCGGGAAGUUUGGGAAUGGCCAUUUCCGAGGCGGUGGAAGUUGCAUCAAACAAUGCAGAUACUAAGUACUGUUUGGGUAGUGUCCUAAAUCACGUUCUUUUACACCAGACAAUCAUCGGUGAGGAGUGUAUAAAGCAAAUGGAGCAUUUGGGGGAGACUCCAGAUUUGAUCGUGGGUUGUACGGGCGGUGGGUCCAAUUUUGCAGGGCUUGCCUUCCCGUUCCUCCGAGAGAAGCUUAAAGGGACACUUAACCCUGUUUUUAGGGCAGUUGAACCUUCAGCAUGCCCUUCGUUGACUAAAGGCUUAUAUGCGUAUGACUAUGGGGAUACAGCUGGGUUGUCUCCUUUGAUGAAGAUGCAUACUUUGGGACACAACUUUGUACCUGAUCCUAUCCACGCAGGCUCGUUUGCGAACGCUUUUGAAAAGCACUUUUGGGCUUUUCUGAAAGCAGAAGUCGAAUGGUGUGUUUGCAGCGGACUGCUUCUCCGUUAGCCAGAAACCAGAAGCCAGAAGCAAUUUUUUGGUAAUUUGGUAAUUCUUGAGAAGUAGGGGGCAUUUAUAUUGUUAAUAUUUUCUGUAUCCCAUUAAUGCCCUUCUCUUUAUUGUCUGUAUAUCUCUAUGUUUCAGUCCGUGCUGUUGUCUUCGAUUUUCACAAAACAACAUUUCUUUUCCAUCCCAAGUAUGUAUGAUAUACAGGAGGAUUGCGAUACCAUGGGAUGGCCCCGUUGAUAUCUCACGUCUAUGAAUUGGGUUUCAUGGAAGCAAUUGCAAUUCCUCAAACAGAAUGCUUUAAAGGAGCCAUAAAAUUUGCUAGGUCAGAGGGACUGAUCCCAGCACCAGAGCCGAGCCACGCCAUAGCGGCGGCCAUAAGGGAAGCACUCCAUUGCAAAGAGACAGGCGAGUCCAAAGUCAUUCUCAUGGCAAUGUGUGGGCACGGCCAUUUUGAUUUGCCUUCCUAUGAAAAGUACUUGCAAGGUGGUAUGGUUGAUCUCACAUAUUCAGACGACAAAAUAGGAGCCUUAAGGGCUACACAUUUCCCCCAACCACCACCGUGAACCCAACAGAAAACUUGAAAAUGUUAAUUAUAAGCAUCUCAAAUGUAGUAGUUUAGCCACCUCUGUUAAGGAAUAAGGAACCUCUUCUUUACAAUGAAGAUGGUUGUUUCCGAUAUAGUGUUGUGUUUCCAAUAUAGUGCUUUAUUAGCACAGAUUAAUAAUGAGUUUUUAGUGUUUCUCAAGAUGACUACACAGUUUCUGGUUUUGUGUAAAAAACAUGCACAGUAAAGGCUUGUGUUGAGAGAUCGCAAACUUAAGGGUUACUUCAUUAUAAAAUACCGUAGUACUCAAUUUUUAAUUGCU